AUGUCCUUCGACUAUGUCCGCAAGCUCGUCUCGGGCAAGAAGGCCAGGUUCAUAGACCCCGAGGCCGCUGUCAAUCUCGAUCUCGUAUAUGUUACUGACCGAAUCAUCAUCAUGGGCUAUCCCGCAACAGGAUUUGCUGGACUGUACCGUAACAAACGUCGCGACGUGCUCAAGUUUAUAACAUCACGUCAUGGGGAGAAAUGGUGGAUAUGGAACCUGUGUCCACUGUACGAAAAUGCCUACUCUCCAGAGAGCAUGCACAACCGUGUGUCGCGCUAUCCGUUCCCCGAUCAUCACCCGCCACCCCUGCCCCUCUUGCCUCUGGCCGUGAGGGAGAUGACCGCAUGGCUAGAAGGUGAUGAAGAGCGGAUCGCCAUCAUCCACUGUAAGGCCGGGAAGGGUCGCUCUGGAACGCUUCUCUGCUCUUAUCUUCUCUCGCUCCCAUCGCUCCCGCCUCCGCCCGAGAUGGACCGAUCUUAUUCCUACAAAGAGCUCGCGAAGCGCCUGGCUCAGCGUGAGGAAACUGACAAGACUCAACAGGUAUCUGCAUCUUCCGGGGACGGCAAGGAGGGAUGGGUCUACAUUGGGGGAGGCAAAGACGCGGCCGGCUUUGAUACCCGAGACUCUUUGGACAAUGAAGGAGGGACGUCUACACCUGCGAGGUCGGAAAAGGUUGCUGUUGCUCCUGUGGGUACCCAGGACGGAGGGAUCGCGAGCUCGGGGUCAUCGACCACGACUGUGUCCCGCCCCUCGCUUGCCUCGUCCGAGAUUGAGAUCAGCUCCAACCCGCCUUAUGAUCCUAUCGACAUUGGUGACGAGGGCGAAGCUGGCGAUCAGGGCCAGCAAGACCGUGUGGAUGGACGAGUGGAUGAAGUGUUCAAACUCCAUUCGAGCAGACGUAUGAAGCCUACCAGCACCGGGAGAGGUGUUUCCAUCCCUAGUCAGCGACGAUGGUGCCGAUACAUUCACCUUUUGUUCAACAACCAGGCGCCUCCCUCUUACCUUUCGCCGAAACCUCAGCGGCUCCGUCUCCUCUCGGUCACCCUGCUCAUUACCCCCAUGACAGGCUGGCAAAAGUCUGUGGCCUCUCUCGUUGUCGGUUCGGGCGGAACGGGACAAGGCCAUGCAUGGACGUCUGUCGCUCGGUACGAUGACGAGUACGUCGAGGACCUCAAGAUUCGCGGAGGAACCGGAGAAGGGGUCGCUGGAGACGUCACCUGGGGAGGUGUAGCGGGUGAAGGGAAACACGACACGCACAAGAUGUUUAGAAGCUGUGGAAAGAUGGUAGCGACCGACUUGGAUGAUGAUAUCAAGGCAGUUCUGCCUGCCGAUCAUGAGCAACACAUUGUGCACCACCUCACCCCCAGCCACUCUCAUCUUACUCUUGACCGUUCAAGAGAGUUUAGGUUGAAAUUUCACCUCGCCAAUCUGCCUCUCGGGUGGGCAUGGCUGAUCCCGGCGUUCCACCUGCCGGAAGCGUCAGCUGGGUCGCAGCGAGUGCACACCUUGACGUUCCCCCAUUCACAGCUCGAUUUCGCGGUCGGCCCUGGAGCAGCUCUGCAGAAAGUCUUGGUGAGGCUUGAAGAAGUGGCUGAAGGCGAGGAGGGGGCGCCGGCGAGGUUGCUGGAUGAUGAAGAAGAGAGGAGGGAGGGGGUUGAUGAUGGCGAGAAGGAGGACAAGGUCAAGGAGAGUGAGGAUUAG